AAGCGUAUCUAAGUAUUACUUAUAUACAAUUAUUAUCAAGUUAGUAAUCACGGUACGAACUCAAAUAGUAUCAGUACGGAGACGAACCAACAUGGACGUCCCCGUGCUAGGUGUCAUUUUAAACUGGUUCCUUAUACUGUUAAGUAUUUGUAUAUUUUUAAUAUGUUGGUUCUUUUACUCGAGUUAUAACUAUUGGAAGAAUCGCGGCAUCCCUUACGAGAAACCGUUCCUUUUCUUCGGAAAUCUUAGUUUCGUGCUGAGAAAAAGUGUAUGGGAUUUUUGUUAUGAAUUGAAAUGUAAACAUCCGAGGGAUUAUGUCGGAAUAUUUUUGGCAUGGAAGCCGGCGCUCAUGUUGCAGACGCCGGAAUUCGCAAGAAGGAUUUUCGUCAAAGAUUUCGAAUAUUUUCAAGAUCGAUUUUUGUACACCGGUUUCUCUGAUCCUUUGGGUUCUUUGAAUUUGUUUACGGUCAAGAACCCAAUUUGGUCGACAAUGCGAAAUUCUCUAUCACCUAUGUUUACAGCGUCUAGACUUAAAAUGAUAACAGAACUAAUGAACAUGAAUUCUAAAGAACUAGUAGGAAAAAUACGAAGAGAUCACAUCGAGAACAAUAAAGCUGUUAACUUGAAGGAACUAUUCUCAAUGUAUACUUCAGACACGGUGGCGUAUAGUGUUUUCGGUAUCCGUGUGAGCGUGCUCAACGAUCAGGACUCGCCGCUGUGGUUCAUCACCAACCACAUGGUCAAGUGGACCUUCUGGAGAGGCUUCGAGUUCACUAUGAUAUUCUUUGUACCCGCGGUCGCCGCUUUACUGAGAUUGCAAUUCUUUUCGGACGCUGCAACUGAAUAUAUAAAGAAGAUGUUCUGGAACGUUGCCAGAGAACGAAAAAGUAGUGACUACGACAAUCAUAAGGACCUCGUUAAUCACUUGUUAAAGUUACGAGAUAACUUAAAACUUCCAGCAGAUUCAGGCUCUGACCUGGCUGAUGAUUUGAUGCUGGCGCAGGUGGCCGUGUUCAUCUUAGGCUCUAUUGAGACGUCUUCUACGGCACUGAGUUAUUGUCUGCAUGAACUUGCUCACCAUCCAGAGGAGCAGGAGAAACUUUACAAUGAAGUGUCUGAAGCAUUAAAAAAAUCUGGAAAAGAUAAUUUAAAUUAUGACGAGUUAAUGGAAUUGAAGUAUAUGUCCGCUUGUAUUAACGAAACACUCCGUAAAUUCCCUCCACUUGGUUAUUUGGAUAGGAUUUGCAAUCAAAGAUAUAAGCUAAAUGAUGAAGUGACCAUCGAGAAAGGAACCCCUGUGUUUAUAAAUGUGUUAGCCAUACAUUACGAUGAGAAGAUUUACCCCGAGCCCCACCAGUGGAGACCGGAGAGAAUGCAUAAUGCAUCAGAUAAUGAUAAUCUUAACUUUACUUUCUUACCUUUUGGUGAAGGACCUCGUUUCUGCAUAGGUAAACGCUACGGCUACAUGCAAAUUCGCGCAUCGCUCUCUCAGCUGGUGGCCGCAUACAAAUUCCUACCAGCUGACAUCCCGUACAAAGUGGAAACAGAUCCCUACAGUGUUAUUUUAUCACCCAAAGGCGGAUUGAGUGUUAAGUUUCAGGCCCGAUACUAAGAAUUGGGUUUAAAUUAUUAUAAUGUGAAA